AUGGCUUUGCUUUUGGACUUGGUGUUGGAUACGCAGACAAAGCAGAAGGUGUCGCUGUUGCAUGUGGUCAGGGCGUUGAAAUCCUAUAAUAUUAUUGCCCCACUUCACACUCCAUGUGCCAUGCUGCAUCUCCCCCCCCUCCUCUCUCGCUAA